GGGGCCGGCGCUGGCCCCUCCCCCCUCCGCGCGCUGGGCCACCAGUCCGAGUCGGGCGGCGGCGCCGGGAGGAGCGGGAGCGGCGGCGGCGGCACCGGGCGACACCAUGAGGCGAGUGGUACGACAGAGCAAAUUUCGGCACGUGUUUGGCCAAGCCGUGAAAAAUGACCAGUGUUACGACGACAUCCGGGUUUCCCGCGUCACCUGGGAUAGCUCUUUCUGUGCGGUCAACCCCAAGUUCGUGGCGAUCAUCGUCGAAGCCAGUGGCGGCGGAGCCUUCCUGGUGCUGCCCCUGCACAAGACAGGUAGAAUUGACAAGUCUUACCCGACGGUGUGCGGUCACACGGGACCGGUGCUGGACAUAGACUGGUGUCCUCACAACGAUCAAGUCAUUGCCAGCGGCUCCGAGGACUGCACGGUCAUGGUGUGGCAGAUUGCAGAGAACGGCCUCACUCUCUCCUUGACGGAGCCUGUGGUGGUGUUAGAAGGCCAUUCGAAAAGAGUUGGCAUCGUGGCCUGGCAUCCGACCGCGCGCAACGUGCUGCUCAGUGCAGGUUGCGAUAACGUAGUCAUCAUCUGGAACGUGGGGACGGGUGAACCCCUCAUCAACCUGGACGACAUGCACUCGGACAUGAUUUACAACGUAAGCUGGAAUCGCAACGGCAGCCUGAUCUGCACGGCUUCCAAGGACAAAAAAGUCCGGGUCAUCGACCCCCGGAAACAAGAAAUCGUUGCUGAGAAAGAUAAGGCCCACGAGGGAGCGCGACCCAUGAGAGCCAUUUUCCUCUCCGACGGCAACAUCUUCACCACCGGCUUCAGCCGCAUGAGCGAGCGGCAGCUUGCCCUGUGGAAUCCAAAAAAUAUGGAAGAGCCCAUCGCCCUUCACGAAAUGGACACCAGCAACGGGGUGCUGCUGCCCUUCUACGACCCGGACACCAAUAUCAUUUACUUGUGCGGCAAGGGUGACAGCAGCAUUCGCUACUUCGAGAUUACAGAUGAAUCCCCGUACGUCCACUACCUCAACACCUUCAGCAGCAAGGAGCCGCAGCGAGGGAUGGGGUUCAUGCCAAAGAGGGGCCUUGAUGUGAACAAGUGUGAGAUCGCCAGGUUCUUCAAGCUCCACGAGCGGAAGUGCGAGCCCAUCAUCAUGACGGUCCCUCGAAAGUCGGACCUCUUCCAAGAUGACCUGUAUCCCGACACGGCAGGCCCAGAAGCAGCUCUGGAAGCAGAGGAGUGGUUUGAGGGGAAGAACGCCGAUCCGAUCCUCAUUUCCUUGAAACAUGGGUACAUUCCCGGCAAAAACAGGGACCUCAAGGUGGUCAAGAAGAACAUACUGGACAACAAACCUGCCGCCAACAAGAAGAGCGACCUCAUCACCGCCCCAAAGAAAGCAGUAGACACCUCAAACAUUCAAAACGAAGCCAAAUUGGAUGAGAUUUUGAAAGAGCUCAAAUCUAUAAAAGACACAAUCUCCAAUCAAGACGAGCGCAUUUCCAAGCUAGAACAGCAGAUGGCGAAGAUUGCAAACUGAGCGCGGCGGGAGCGAGGAAAGGGAGCAGAACUCAAGCUGUUAGCUGGGUGCAGGGCUGCGGGAGGGCUGGGGAGGCACUGCCAUUCAAGAAGACAUUCCAUUUCAGAGGUUCGUCGAGCGGCACCGGGCGGCAUUGCGAUACGAACUUUAUCAUCCUCCGAAAUUCAGGUCAACGAAAGCCGACGAUUAAAAGCCAAGCUUUUUAGCGAGAGGUUUCUUUUUUUUUUUUUUUUUUUCCCCUCCUGAUGUUUUAAUGAUUUUAUGUGACUUUUUUUUUUUGGUCAGACUUAAAAGAUCAAGUGCUACUUUUACAAUCUUGCUCCAGGUGUUUAUGAAUUCCUGAGGACAAACGAUUCCAACUUUCCACCGAGUGCCCAAAUAGCCUUUUUUUAAAUAGAAUUAGGGACCAAUGCCAUAUUGUUCUUAAUGAGUUUUUUUAAGUUGCCAAACCCCCCCCCCCCCAACAAACCCCCUCAAAAUAACUUUUUACAUUUGUCCUAUAUGCCAUUUUUGCAGUAUUUGUGGGUUGGUGUUAUUUUUUCUUUAAUCGGAAGGGGCAGCAGUGUGUGUGUGCGCGUGUGAGACUGUGUGUGUGUUUAUACUGUUUCAGAGAACAAAAUCGAAGCUAUUUUGUACGAGCGUUCAUUUUUUUUCCCCUUUGAACAAUCAGAUCCCUUUCGUUUGCAGUGUGGACGAAGCUGUUGUAAAGACCCUGCAUAAACCCGUAUGAGCUGA